GAAAUGGCAGGUAGACAGUACUGGUGUGUGGGUAUGUAUGUAUCGUAUAUAUGUGAAGGAUAGAGGGAGAGGAAGAGAAAGAAUAUGUUUGUAAAACCAAGAAUGAAAUUUGGAGAAGGAAGGGAUUUUUACCCAAUAGUAAAUUAUUUUAAAAUAGUUUGCUUGAUGUAUUUCAGAUUUUAUGAUUUAACAUUUAAAAAAUUUGUAAGUUAUUUGGCUUUGCUGUUUUUGCUUUGGCUUUCUUGUAGUCAAUUUUCAGGUUGUAAAAAAGCUUCCUGAAAUUAAGAAAAAUAGAGAUAUGAUAUGAGAAGUUGUAUAUGUAAAUAAAUAUUUACCCUGUGUGUACAAUAUUAAUAGUAUUACAAAUAAAAAUAGUGUACACAUUUUACCAAAUAGAGAGGUUAAGUGGUAUUUAUAAGAAAAAUAGUCAUAAUUUAUGCUUUCAAGUAUCCUCUUAUUUUAUUACUUAUGAGACUAUUGUUUCAUAUUCAGUAUAAUUGUUUGCAGCUAGAAUUUAUUUUUUUCUUUUAUUGGCUUUUGGUAGGUGGUAAUUGAAAAAAUUAUUCUGGUCCCCUCCCCACCACCUGCAUUCCAAAGCCUCGAUCAAGGAAAUAGUUGUUGAAGACAGGAGGAAGGCUAGAGGCCUUAGAGUUACUUGUUAAAUUUUAUGACACACUGCUUUAAGAGCUAAUUAUUACUAAUAAUUUUUAGUGACUUCUUUUUGCAGAGCCAAUCACAUACAAUAGACUGUGCUGAAUUUUGACAGUUCUGGUGUGUAAUUAACUUCUAUUCAGAGCACUGACUAUGGCAUGUGUAUAUGAAUUUUAGUAUUAGAUUAUUGUAAAUUUAAAUGUCCUUAAAAUAGAUUUUCUCUGGUGGAUAAUGGUAACUGUUUUACAACAUACAAGUUCACUAGAAAUCAUUUAAUGGGCUUUCAUGUGUAAUUUUAAAAGUUGUUUUAUUGGCCAAGUUAACAUUAAUGUAACAUCAUAUAUAAUCAGUUUGCUAUACUAUUAGAUUUUACGGUUAUUUCAGAAUGCCUAUUUUGGGAUGUCAAAAACCUUACACUCAAAUAUAGUGAGUAAUUAGGCUGGUAUUUUUGAAGUCCCAGAAUAGGACGUUCUGGAAUUUUUCAGAUACAUUCAGAGUAGAUUUCCCUUGCUUGAUGGGUUACAGUGAGUAGAGAAAGUAAAGAUUUAUUCAAAGUUAAUUAUUUGCUAAAUACAUCCUUAUCUGCUGAUCUGUAAGGGUACAGUGAAACCAAAAUUGGAUAGGGAGGUGGGAAAGGAGCUGGUUAAUGGUUUAGUUCUUCAUCCUUGAAAUUUCAUACCAAUAAGCUGCAAGAGAGAAAAAUCAGGUAGAAGGAUUUAGUAAACAGAAAAUUAUCCCACCAACACAACAGGCUCUUUUAUUAAUUAGCUCCUUACUAUUUGGAAGAAAGAAUUUUAUCAUUGCUUUGGUGGAACCUUUGAUAUAUUCCCAUAGAAUUUUUGAUGCAGCAAAGAACCCCUUUGGUUUGUCAUAGAUAUUUAAGGUUAUGGGUAUAUAGAGGUUUCUUUUGUUUGUUUUACAUAAUUAAUAAAUGCAAAGUCAGUUACAGCUUUUUAAAAAUAUUUUUACUAUUGUUUUGAGAUAAAAUUUACCAUUUUUGAACACGAGACUAUAAAAUUGCACUGAAAUUUGGUUAUAAAUAAGUGAAAAUUUUAAACUAUAAAAUAACUGGUAUUAGAAAAGCAUUCAGAUAUAUUUUUCAUUAGUUAUAUUAAAUUAGCAAUUAUGAAUUUAUGAAACAUGAAGGUUUUCUGUGAAAUGUUGGAAGUCUGAUUAUGCACUGCAAGUUAAGAAAUAAUGUAUUAUUAUACUACAAAAGCGAUGAAUUUGAAAAAGCCGAAGGAAAGUAUCCCAGGGCAGUAAGUUCUGGAAGCAGAGAAACACUGUGAUGCUGUAUGCAGUCUUCUGUUCACUUCCCCGACUGCAUUAUUUUCCUUGACCUUACAGAAACAGCAUCAUGACGUAAAUGAGGAAAGCAGUAGGCAAAAUAUUCAGAAAAGUAUUUUUGGUUCUUUCAUUGGCUAUUUUUUAGUGCAGACAGUGAAGUAAGAAGAUUUUGCUGUAAAAGUAGUGUUGGAUUUGUAACAGUUUCAUACUUUGGAAGCAUUAGCUGUUGUUAAUAAAAUAGGCCAUUUCAAAAUAAAACAUACUUUCAUUAUGCUUGUCCAAAUAUGACCUCUUUUUGUUGUUGUGUGCAUUUCAGAUUUCUUUUAUAAAUAAAUGUUAACACUUAGAAAAGGAUAAGGUCAAACAAAAAAGGGUGUCAGCGUAAUCAUCAGUCAUAACUUUAUGUCCACAUUUUUGGUAGAUGGAUUUUGACUAUUAAUUUGGUUUUGUAUGUUUUCUCUAUGUGAUAUUUGUGCAUUAUUAGAUGACUAGACUGGCCAAGGCAGACCUGUUACACUUGCCUGAGUUAGGCAUUGUUUGCCAUGCCACUAAACCUGCCGUCAAGUGAAACCUUCAUUGGGGAAAUGAGAUCGGAGUCUGAACCGCAGAAGAUGGACGCCCUGUCUCUGUUUUUUAUUGUUUUGCUUUAAUUUCGUUUCUUUUUCUUUAUUUUGUCCCUUUUUUUUUGUUUGUUUUUGUUUUUGUUUUGUUAAAAUCUCUUUCACUUUAACUUGUGAGCUGGUUCUCCAGUUCUUCGUAAAUGGUAUUCCAUUAAAGGUCAUAAUGUGUUGCAAAUUAUAUUGGGAAAUGACUAGAAGAGUUCAGCCUUAAGAUGAAAAAAGUUUUCAUGCAGUAAAUUAGGAUAUAGUGUUGUAAAACUCAUUGGUGUUUGUAGACUGAUCAGAUACAUUUUGUUCUCAAAACAUUAGAACACUGAUAAGAAUUUAAGGGACACUUUCUGAUCUCAAGGUAACCUUUUUUGUAGUUUUUUUCCAAGUCCACAUUUCACUGAUUGCUUCUAAUGUUCAUCCUUCCCCUUAGAAUUUUAGGCUUACAAAAUCAUUGGGGAAAUUAAGUGAAUAUCUUACAGCAGUUUGAGUGGAGGAGAAAGGAGCCUUUACUUAUACGUUGCUUAUUCAUUAUAGAAUUUUAACUUAUUUCCUUGACUUACGAAGAUUUCAUUUUUUUUUUUUUUUUGCCUAUGUGGGGAAUGGAUAUUUGAGAAGCAUUGGUUACUUAUUUUCAUGUGUAUUUUUCUGUUUGCUUGAAAAUUUUUUUGAAAAUAUUUCUGAGAUUAUAGUUUUAAUUGAAUUUUAAUAUUAAGAUUUAGACUUUAAUCCCAUGAGAGAUGUUUUCUUCUCAGUUGUCAUUGAGGAGUAUAAUAUGGGAAAAUGCUAAAUGCAUUUUAUACUUCUAUGCACACUGAUUGGGGACUUCAAAAAAUUAGUGGAAAAUUUGAGCAAAGAGAUAAAGACAAAUUUUCCAUGAACUUUUAAAAGCCCCCUCAGGUUUGGAGAGUGAAUUUGGUAGUGUUCAAUCUUGAAAAUUAAGCUGUGGAACUUUUUCUUUUCUUAACCCAUUAUGUCCCAUUGUGCUAUAUAUAUGGCACAUAUAAAAACAAAUUGAGCAAGAAAUAAAUUGCUUAUGGUAACUUUGAAGUAAAUAUUAUGUUGUUGAAUAUUUACAGAAUUCAGAAUUUGAGACUUUAAUGGGUUAAUGUAUCUUUAGUGAUAAUUAAAGUAAGAUAAAAAUAUUAGCUUACAUUUAUAGAUAGAGAUUUAUAGUAUAUUACUGUCAUCAAAGUCUGAAUUUGACAACCUACUGAUGCUUUAUUUAAGCCAGAAGAGAAAGACUUCAUGAUGCAGAAUGUUUUGGCAUGUGUUGAAUACCCAUUUUUGUUUAGUCUUCCCACACUGUCUUUAUGGGUAGUUUUGGUUAUUAAUUGGCAAGUAAUAUUAAAUUUGGAAAAUUACUGGGUUGGAAUCCUUUUUUUAGGUGCAGUUAUUAGGAUAGUAAAGCAUAGGAUUUGUACCUCAGAACUUCAGUUGAUCUAUCCAGUGUGUUCAGGUUUUAUAAAUCUUUUUCAGAAAUAAUAUCUAUUUGUAACAGUAAAAUGUGUGAUAUUAAUAUAAACAGUAUAAUAUAUUUGAGGAUAUUCAUGAAUACAUGUGUUUAUUAGUAAUUAAUACAUAUAAAAUAGGUUACUGUUAUUUGAUGUCUUCAGUGAGGCUACCUACCUUUUGUUUAUGCAUGUUAAGAAAGCUGUUUUCCAGAAUUUACUUUGAAAUAAGAUAUUUAAAGUAAUAUAAACUUACAUGCUGCAAAGUUAGAAAAUAGUAGGCAUUUGCUAAAGCUAAAUAAAAUGUGAUUUUUAUUCUGUUCCUAUAAAUAAGAUACAACUUAUUUAAAGCAAGUUUUAACUUCCAUGUUGAAUUUAUCCAUGUUUUUUGAAUUUAUCCAUGAAAUUAGGCAUUGAAUUGCUUUUUGAAAAUUUACUAUAAGCUGUGUUUCAGCUUAGUGUGAUUUUGUACACUGUCUUAAAACACCUGAAGAAAUUUAUAAUGGAAAUGUGUAGCUAACUACCACAUGAGUAGUUCUUCCUAUGUAUGUAGUCACCUUUUUAAGAAAUACUUUUUUUUUGGCUAAACUGUAGGUGGGGAAAAUGUGUAAAAGUUACGGUUCUCACCAAAAUUAAUUGAUUAAAGUUCAACAAAUAUGGCAAGUCAGUGUAUUUAUUCAAAGUGAAUUUUUCAGCUUUUAGGCUUUUUUCCCCUUUAGUUUCUAUGAUUAUUUUAGAAUUACCUGUUGUUAUUAGGCAUUUAAAAUGUUGAUAAGACAUUUAAGCCACCCUUCUUCAGAUAAGUAUACAGAAAUUGACUCUACAAGAUAGCAGUUUCCUGAGAGUUGGGAACUUUUUUUGUUGUAGUUAGUUAUCCCCAAACUUGUAACAAUUUUGCAAGGCAUAUUCCUUGGAACUGGACUCAGGCAUCCUGGAUGUUGGUGGGCUGCCUUAGUAAUUGAAUGUGUGUAGGCUUUCUUUUAAAUUGCAGCUUGAUUAUGUGGAGUAGAUUUUUGUUUUCUUGUUUGUUUGAAAUUGGAUGGAAUCAAAUGGAAGGUUAUCAAAAUUGUUUGCAUCACAAGUAGGUAGUUUCAGUAACAGGAUAGGGGCACUCAUUAAGGAACAAAUUUCAAUUCGCACAUAUUUGUUUUUUCUUUUUCUUUUUUUUGACUGAUUUGGUUAUUUGCCAUUUCUGGGGAUUAAACUUUAAAAAAUGUUCUUCUUUUCUGUAUCUGAUGUUCUGUGUGCUAUUAGUGAUGCAGCCAACACGAACGGUUGUCAUGUGUAACACAACUUUCGAUCACCGCGAAAACACCGCCCUGGGAAAGCGUCCAUGCUUGAUAUCGUUUGGUUCAUGAACAUUAAGUUUCCAGUACAGGUAAAAUCCCAGAGGAAUCCAAAGCCCUCUCCUUAUUGGCUCCUGCUCCAACCAUGACAAGUCUGAUGCCUGGUGCAGGACUGCUUCCCAUACCAACCCCCAAUCCCUUGACUACACUUGGUGUGUCACUUAGCAGUCUGGGAGCUAUACCAGCAGCAGCACUAGACCCCAACAUUGCAGCACUUGGGGAAAUACCACAGCCGCCACUCAUGGGAAAUGUGGAUCCUUCCAAAAUUGAUGAAAUUAGGAGAACAGUCUAUGUUGGAAAUUUGAAUUCCCAGACAACCACAGCUGAUCAACUACUUGAAUUUUUUAAACAAGUUGGAGAAGUAAAGUUUGUACGGAUGGCAGGUGAUGAGACUCAGCCAACUCGGUUUGCUUUUGUGGAAUUUGCAGACCAAAAUUCUGUACCAAGGGCCCUUGCUUUUAAUGGAGUUAUGUUUGGAGACAGGCCACUGAAAAUAAAUCACUCCAACAAUGCAAUAGUAAAACCCCCUGAGAUGACACCUCAGGCUGCAGCUAAGGAGUUAGAAGAAGUAAUGAAGCGGGUACGAGAGGCUCAGUCAUUUAUCUCAGCAGCUAUUGAACCAGAGUCUGGAAAGAGCAAUGAAAGAAAAGGCGGUCGAUCUCGUUCCCAUACUCGCUCAAAAUCCAGGUCUAGCUCAAAAUCCCAUUCUAGAAGGAAAAGAUCACAGUCAAAACACAGGAGUAGAUCCCAUAAUAGAUCACGUUCACGACAGAAAGACAGACGCAGAUCUAAGAGCCCACAUAAAAAACGUUCCAAAUCAAGAGAGCGACGGAAAUCAAGGAGUCGUUCACGUUCACGGGACAAGAGAAAAGAUACGCGAGAAAAGAUCAAGGAAAAGGAAAGAGUGAAAGAGAAAGAUAGAGAAAAGGAAAGGGAAAAAGAGAGAGAGAGGGAGAAGGAACGUGAAAAAGAAAAGGAGCGGGGUAAAGACAAAGAGAAAGACCGGGACAAGGACCGGGACAAAGACAAGGAAAAGGACAGAGAGAGAGAGCGGGACAGAGAGAAGGAAAAAGAACAGGACAAAGACAAGGAACGAGAAAAGGACAGAUCCAAAGAGAUAGAUGAAAAAAGAAAGAAGGAUAAAAAAUCCAGAACGCCACCCAGAAGUUACAAUGCAUCAAGAAGAUCUCGUAGUUCCAGCAGGGAAAGGCGUAGGAGGAGGAGUAGGAGUUCUUCUAGAUCCCCAAGAACAUCAAAAACCAUAAAAAGGAAGUCUUCCAGGUCUCCCUCCCCAAGAGGCAGAAAUAAGAAGGAUAAAAAGAGAGAAAAGGAACGGGACCAUGGCAGUGAAAGAAGAGAGAGAGAACGCUCAACCUCUAUAAAAAAAGGUUCUGAGGACAGAGAUGGGAAGGAGAAGGUGGAGAAGAACAGUACUGCACUCAGAGUAAGCGAUGAGAAGGAGCACAAUAAAGAACCGGAUUCAGAUGUGGGCAAAGAAGUAGAUGACAAGGAUGCACCGAGGACUGAGGAGAACCAAGUCCAGCAAAAUGGGAAUUGUCAGCCAAAUGAAGAAAACCUCUCUACCAAAACAGAAACAGUAUAGGACCAACCAAGGCACCUCUGCACUCAACGCUGGAAUCAAAUCCAAAGCUUUUAAGUCUCAACAACCAGAUGUAGUCAACAGGGAAGAAAUCCAGUUGAGCAUAAAGAUAGCAGCUAACAGCUUUCCAACUGUUAGGUGACGUAGUGGUCAUCUUGUUUCUGAGUAAGAGCAUGGACAUGGAGAGAAUAGAUGUUACUCAGCCGUCCCAUCUAAAAUCCGUGCAAUUCCAUGGUGGCCGACACACUCGUCAUGUGAUUUAUUAGUGUUUGCCAUGAACCAUUACAAAUAAAUAGAACAUCAGAGAUCCAAAUUUAUACCAUCUCUAAAUAUUGGUAAUAAGCUUUGGAGGCUCUUUAAAACAAGGCUGGUUACUGAAUUUUGUAUUUUACUUUUUGAAAAAACAGUUUCAGUAUAUACAGUUUGAUGAUGUGCUUGAAAUUGGUGCAAAUAUAAACACACCCUUUGUAAGUGCAAAGUAUGUAAGAAGUUUUAACAUUUACUUCACAAGAUUUACAGUGAUUGUGUUAAAUUCUCACUUGUGUUUUCUUUUGUUCACUGUUUACGACAGCAGUUUUUCUUUAAAAUAGUUUGACAGAUUAAAAUUGUUUAAAUAAGUGGAUUAAAAAAACAACUGACAAUGCAUGCUACUGUUCUCUUUCAAAGGAAGAGUAACUGUGUUGAAUACUAAUACUGUAUUAGUAUUCAGUGUUUAGAAUCAUUGGGUCUACCCACAAAGUGAGCAUUUCUUUUUAAACUUUCUUGACAUUUCCAAGCUUAUUAUGAAUAAUAGUUCAGUGUGUAUUGUCAGCUAUAGGUGGCAAAGGUGCCCUUAUCUAAAGGAAACUGGGUUUUCACAAUGGGCUAUGGGAGCACAAGCUGAAGCUUUAGUGCCUUCUAUGAUGUGGUGUACUGUUUUCUAGAAUUUUAUACGUGCUAGUCAUUCGCAAUUCAUGUGGAAUCUAGAUGGAUAAUCUAUUUACAUCCAUAGAGAAGUGUGCAAGUGAUGUGUCAGAAGAGCUUCUUAGUUCACCUAAUAGGGGAAAGAAGUCCUGUUUUCAAAACUGACUCUAGAGUUUGAAACAACAAUGCAGUUUUGGGACCAUCAGUUUUAUACUGUGAUAAUUGAAACACAUUAUUUUCUUUAAAGUGAAGGAAACCUUUUAGUUGUCUACAUUGGAUGGCCUUAACUGUUACCUCUCAAUCAUCUUCUCAUAAAUGAUGUGCAGAAAUUAUACUUAACGGGAAGAAUAGACAUACCUGGGAGGUUUUAUGUUCAAGGGUAUGUUUCCUUCAGUUUAAGAUACAGGUCAUCCAUCAUUCUUAGGCUCACUUUUUGCUGAAAAUGUGCAAGUAGUAAAAUGACAACAUUGCUAAGGUUUCCCCCAAAACUCUUUAAGUUGUGGUUUCUUAAUUCAUUUCAUUACUGUUCUAUUUCCAAAAAAGUCAUGCAUUAUAAUUAGCAUGUUAUUAAAAAAUCAAGUACAAUUAUUUUAAUGCAGUUUAAUACAAUCAGAUUACUCAGUUGCCUUACCUCAUGGGAAGAGUUACUUUUAUAGAUAGAUUUAAAAAGCUGAGUAGCAGUUAGUUACUUGGUUUCACCUUGAGUUUUCUUUUAAUGUUAAUACUAUUGAAGUUUGAGUAUUUGGUAGAGAAUGGAAAGAGUUGCCCUUACUGCAAGUAAUGAAGCCUGGUUUGAUUAUGAAGCUGCUUAAUCACUCUUCAUGUGUUCAGAAUUACUGUGUGUGUUUUUUUUUUUUUUUUUUUGGUCACUGUGUACAUUAAAACUUUGGAAAAUGCUUUACUAUGUAAAGUAUAGAUGGUCAUUUUAAUCAUUCAACCACAUACGGUUGGCUGUAAACAGCUUAUUCUGAUAUAAGAAUGCUUGGGUGCAUAUGGAGAGACUGUGUAGGAUUGUGUGUCUUGCAUCAACAGCUGUCUUAUUUAUGAUAUGUAAGUAGACUAGAGCAAAUGUUUGAAUCUUUGUUAUUUUUAGUACCAUUUCUCUAAUAAAGCUAAGUAUUUUAGAGGAAAUUAUUUGUUUAUGCAUUUCAAAAGGGCAUCUUAGUUUCAUCCUGCCUUUCUUUUAAUUGGUGUAGAGAUUAUUUUGCCAUAUAGAGUGCAUGUUUUGUGUGCUGUCUAUAAAACUAUCAUUUGAAGUUGGAGUGUUUUCUUAUACUCUGUACUCUAUUAAAUGUCUUUCAUGUUGGUAAUUAACAUUUAAUCUGGUUCCUGCUGUUGAUUUGUUCAGUUUAAAAAUUGUAAAAAUCUUGAAAGAUGCUGAUUUAUUAAAGCUGGAAAUGAAUGGGAGUACAAGGGUUCUGUAGAGAGUAAUAUCAGAUUAUUAUGCAGUAUUUGACGUUUGACUUGGUCUUAGGGAAGCAAAGCUUUUUAGGUUCUAGUGAGAGUGUGUGUGUGUGUGUGUGUGUAUGUGUGUGAGUGAGAGAGAGAGAGAAAGAGAUUUUUGUUGACCUGGAGCUGAUAAUGUUUUCAUUUGUAGAUUUUUUUUUCAAGGUACUUUGUGUUUUAUCUUUAAACCUCUUUUUCAUCCCAGGUAGAUGUUGUCAGAAAAACUUGAGGUAAGGCCAAGAGGACAGCAUUUUACAGUUGAUAUCUUCUGAUUAUCUUUUUUAGCUAGAUUAUGCAAGAGUAUAUGCUUUUCCUUAAAUUGUACUUGCUGUUCAUCAUUCUAGGAAAAUUUUGUUGGAACUCUUAUUCUUGCUUUUCAGCAACACAAACUGACCUGACCACAUAGGACGGGCCUUCCUAAACUUGCCAGUCAGUUUCAUGUGUGACAGCUUGUAAAUCUUUAACUGCUAACUUACCUCCUUAGUUACUUUUUCUCCAAUCUUAUUAUUUAGCCUAUAACUACAGCAAACACUGGUCAGCUUAUUUAGAAAUUCCAUAUUUAGAAUUCCAUUUUGAAGGGCUUUAAUGUAUGCAAUGUUGAUUACCAGAGCAUUAGAGGCUUAAAUUUUGAUUUGCUCAAUUAAAAGCUGCCGUUUAUAAUGAAAAAUAGUUUUUUUUUGGUUAUGAAAAUAAUUUGCUUUGUAAUAUUCAUCAUUUUCAGGAAUCUGUCCUUGCCUGUGUAUAUGGUAUUAUCCAAACCUGCUCUCCACUGAAGACAUUCACAUUUAAGGAUUAUAAUGUAUACUAAUAGGCUUUUAUAGGCUCUUUUUUUUUUUUUUUUUUCAAUUUACGUGAUACCAGAAAUACGGAGCAUGGUUUGAUUUAAUCAUCUUUCUUUGAUUUUUAUGUUAGCAAAAUGGAUCCUUUUGGAAUGAUAUAUUGUAAUAUUUCUGUGGGUUAUUUUAUAUUUUCAUUAAAAGAUAGUACUUGAUUUUAUCUGGUUGGGUAUGAAGUAUAUCUAGUCUCCCAAAGUAAAAGUAAAGUGAUCAUACAUUCCUUAUGUGUUUAAGUAUUUUUAAAUUUUUAUACUAAUAAUUUCAAAAGUUGAUGUUCUUAAAAGGGCUAAGUUAUAUCUCUGGACACAGGAACCUGCUUAUCUUUUAAAAGAUAAAAAUCUUUUACAGUAAAAUUAAUUUCCAUACUUAUUCUUGGGUUUGAGGGUGUGGGUUUUUUUAGUACACUUUUAUUGGUAAUUUUGCCCAGUAAGUGAUAUGUUAUUUUAAAAAUAAGCUAAAGCCAUUUGUAAUUUUUGGUCCAUUUUCUCUUAGGUUGGAUUUGAUAACUAAUAAUCUUUCCAUUCUAGUCUAAGAUAUUUUCAUAAUUUGUAGCAAUUUAUUUGUUAGAAUUAUUAGUUUGUGUCUAAUAGAAUUUUUCUUAAGAUAGUAGUUUUAGAAGCUGAGUUUUAAUUUGUAGCUUGUUUUUUAAAUUUAUAUCUGCCUAUCAUUUUAAUUUUGAAAAUUGCUAAUUUGGGGGGAGACAUCUCCUAUUUUAUCUCUAAAUUUUCUUUUUCCAGGAUUGGGAUGAAGUAGUUCUCUCUAUUCUUAAUUAGGUUUUAUUUGUUAGAUAACUGCUUAAGUAUGUAUAUAAGUUCAAAUUCUUGAAAAUCACACUGAAAGAAGAGAUUGAUUUCUACCAGUUUAAGGUAGGCAAAUGACCUAAAAGAAUAAUUCCCGAUUCCCCCAAAAUAUUAACUUUGAGUAUAUGGUGUAGCUGUAUAGGUAAAAUUAAUAGUUAAAUCAUUACGUUGAUCUUGAUUAGCUUAAUAGAGUAGUGCUAUGGAGUAUCAAGGGAGGAUUUCAAAUGUGAACAAAGAUGCUGCAUAGGUGGUGUAUAUUUGCGAGUAGGAUGACGUUUAAAAUGGUACUGGUAAAGAUUUAUUAAAUGAUGCUGCUAUUAUGUUGCUAUAUUUUUAAUAAAAUGAAAAUCUUAAAAUCUUG